AUGGAGGAAGAGAGGCGAGCACUUCUCAGCUUUAAACAAGAUCUCACUGAUCCUUCUGGUAAGCUUUCUUCUUGGGCUGGUCACGAAUGCUGCCAAUGGACAGGGAUUUCAUGCAACAACCGCACUGGUCAUGUUGCAACGGUUGACCUCCGUAAUACAUAUCCAGACACCACUAGUGAUGAUCAGUGGAACACCACGGAGUAUGAAGAAUCUUGUUUGGGGGGUAAGUUAAUUAAUCCUUCUUUGCUUGGCUUGAAACAUUUGAGUUACUUAGACUUGAGCUCGAAUGAUUUUCAAGGGACUCACAUUCCCAAGUUUAUUGGGGAGCUUACAAGUCUGAGAUAUCUCAAUUUUUCAAGUUUCGACUAUUUCAAUUCAUUUAUUGGAGAGAUUCCUUCUUCUCUUGGUAACCUCUCAAACUUAAACUAUCUUGACCUCGGUUCUAGUUAUUAUCUUGACUAUUCUCUUUCUUCCAAAAACUUGAAUUGGCUUUCUCAUCUCUCUUCCCUAAAAUACCUCAAUCUUAGAGGUGUGGACCUUAGCAGCAAAGGAGUUAGUUGGCUACAUGAGGUUAACAUGCUUCCUUCACUCUUAGAGCUAUUGCAUUUGUCUAGUUGCAAAAUUGGUGGAAACCAGCUUCCACUCUCCAAGCCUACAAUUAACUUCACAUCACUUUUGGUCCUUGAUAUGUCAAGGAAUAGUAUUAAUUUUUCAUAUCCUAAAUGGAUGUUUAAUCUUACUAGCCUUACAAAAGUUGAUCUGAGUGAGAAUUUUGUCACUGGCCCCUUUCUUGAUGAAUUUGUAAGACUCAAAUCUCUAGAACACCUUGACUUAGGGAGUGUAGGACUCAAAGGUCAAUUUCCCAAAUUUAGUGGAAAUUUGUGCAAGCUCAAGUCAUUAAGUCUUGCAUCGAAUCAAAUUGAUGGGGGGAUUGAAGAGCUUUUGAGUGGUUUCUCAAAUUGUUCAUUUAAUAGAAUGGAGUCGCUAGAUUUGCAAGACUGUGGGCUGGUAGGCAAAUUGCCUAGUUCAUUGGGAAUGCUGAGAAGCCUGCAGCAUCUCGAUCUCAGCUACAACUCUUUUUGGGGAUCCAUUCCAGAAUUUAUUAUCAGCAAUUUAUUAUCAUCCCUGCAGACACUUUAUCUCAUGGAUAAUAUUUUCAACGGUUCCAUUCCUCAAAGUUUGGGAAAACUUUCUCAGCUAGUGAGCCUUGAUCUAUCUUAUAAUGUUUUCAAUGGUUCCAUUCCUCAAAGUUUGGGAGAACUUUCUCAGCUAGUGAGCCUUGAUCUAUCUUAUAAUGUUUUCAAUGGUUCCAUUCCUCAAAGUUUGGGAAAACUUUCUCAGCUAGUGACCCUUGAUCUAUCUUAUAAUUCAUGGGAAGGCAAUUUAACCGAAACCCAUUUCAUAAAUCUCACAAAAUUAGUGUAUUUUGCAGUUAGCACAGCCCAACCUAUGCCCAUCAUUUUCAAUUUGAUUGAUUAUGAAUGGAUUCCUCCUUUCAAGCUCCACCAAAUUGAAAUGCACAACUGCCGACUAGGCCCCGGCUUCCCUGUAUGGCUUCAAUCUCAAACUGAGCUCGUGUCGGUCUCACUUGAGAAUGCAGGACUCUCGGGUGCAAUACCAGAGGAAUGGGUCUUUAAGAUAUCUUCCCAGAUCCAAUCGUUGGAUUUAUCUUCCAAUCAAAUAAGCGGAAAGCUUCUGUUCCGAUUCAACUCUUUUCUGAAUCUGCGUUCCAUAGUUUUGAGCCAUAAUCAAUUUGAUGGCCCUAUUCCAUCAUCUAUUUGUAGCAUUCAAUCUCUAUAUGAACUUGCUCUGAAUAACAAUCAGUUAUCCGGAGAAUUCCCUAAAGAAUGGAGUUUGUGGAGCGACAUAGACAUUGUGGAUGUCUCAAACAACAAUAUGUCUGGUAAUAUUCCAAGCUCAAUGGGCAUUCCAAGUUCUCUUGCAAUACUAAAGAUAGACAACAAUCAAUUUAGCGGAGAAAUUCCUUCGGCCUUGCAAAAUUGCUCACGUUUGCAGAGACUUUAUCUUGGAGGCAACAAAUUUACUGGAAGCAUACCUUCUUGGAUAGGAUCAAAAGUAUCCACAUUCAAAGUGCUGCAAUUGCAAUCAAACUCUUUAAGUGGACAUAUUCCUCAUCAUUUGUGCAGUCUUCCUUUCCUUCAAAUCCUAGACCUUAGUCACAAUAGAUUUUCAGGGACUAUUCCCAACUGUUUGAAUAAAUUGACUUCUUUAAUCUCUAGUAGUUAUGGGGGCUGGAAGUACUCUGGUGAUUUUGAGGUAAUAACUGUGACUGUAAAAGGAAGAGCAAGUGAAUACUUCUUACGCAACGAGGUGCUUCUAACCAUUAUUGAUUUUUCGCAUAAUGAUUUAGAAGGUGAAAUUCCUGAAGAAAUCAUCAGUCUCGUUCAAUUAGCUACAUUAAACUUGUCCAUUAAUCAAUUAAGUGGAAAUAUCCCCUCAAAAAUUGGAAACUUGCACUUGCUUGAAACACUUGACCUCUCCCAGAACCAGCUUUCAGGACAGAUUCCACAAAGUCUCGCUUCUCUGACCUUCUUAUCUCACUUGAACUUGUCUUGCAACAACUUGACCGGAAGAAUUCCUUCGGGCAACCAACUUCAGACGCUCGAUGAUUCAUCUAUUUAUGAGGGCAAUCCUUCACUCUGUGGAUUUCCUCUUUCAAAUUGCACAGAAGGUGGAGGCAACAUGCAUGAGCCUCAUGAAGCUGAUGAUGAAAAGCUUGGUUUAUAUACCAGCGAGGUGCUUGGCUUUAUCAUAGGCUUUUGGAGUGUUUGUGGCACAUUGAUAUUGAAGAAGUCAUGGAGGUAUGCUUAUUUUCAAUUUUUUGACCACAUCAAAGAGAAAGUAGCACUAGCAAUUGCAUUGAAAGUAGCUCGUUUGAAAGCAAGGCAGUGA